CUGAGUGGUAUUUACUCCAACAUCCACUUUUAAAAAAUACGCGAUUAAAGUCUCAAAGCCGUGUAAAAACAACACAAUUAAUUCGUAAUGAAUUAAUUAAACUUUAUCGUGUGGAUGGUGCUGUGGAUUUUACAGAAUGGAUGGCUUCAGGAAAUCAAAAAUCAACAAACCGCAUUGAUGAUAUUGUAAAGCUUACUGAUAAAGGUCAAGAAUAUGUUAACCAAAUUCAAGCCGGUGAUGGAAAAACUUGUCAGCAUCAAUAUGGCGGUAUUGGAGAAUGUAUACCUGAAUGUUCAAAUUUUAAUUUACUAAAUAAUCUAAAAAAUGGAAAUGAUAUGCAUUGCUGUUCUGUUCGGGUUCACUCUUUUUCACGAUUAUCAUUUCUCAACUCAAAUCACCAGCUUCGUAUUAAAAUAGAAGGAGCACAUUAUCCUACUAAUAUGGUAAAUGUUAGUGUUCCACAAAUUACAAGAAUUAAUUUAACAUGCCAGGUUCGAGACCAGAUUAUUACCAAUCGUCGUGCAGAUCAUCAGACAACAAAAGCUAUAAAAGGCAAAUUAUUAUAUCCAUUAAAUGGCGCUAAUGAGGAGGAUUUAAAUGAAGCAUUAUUAAAUAGCAGGGAGAUUUGUGAUAAUAAAAA